AGGACUCUAGACGAGAGCAAGUGAAGCCGUGAAGCCGUGAGCCCUUGCUCCCUUUGCUCCCUCCCUCCCUUCGUUUUAUUUCGUAUCGAAGUAGAACGACGAUACAAAAUUCAGAGAGACAAAUUCUUUCGAAUAAUCGAAGCAAAAAAAAUCAAAUAAAUAAAUCGGAGAAUAAUGGGAAGAGAGGUUCCACAGCAACAGCAGCAGCAGCAGGUGGCGCUCGCGGUGGAGCAGCUGCUCGCCGUGAAUCCGUACAACCCUGACAUCCUUCCCGAUCUCGAAAACUACGUCAACGAGCAGGUUUCUUCGCAAACCUACAGUCUCGAUGCCAAUCUCUGCCUUCUUCGCCUCUAUCAGUUUGAGCCGGACCGAAUGAGCACCCAAAUUGUUGCCCGCAUCUUGGUUAAGGCACUGAUGGCAAUGCCCUCUCCUGAUUUCAGCCUCUGCCUCUUCUUAAUUCCCGAAAGAGUGCAAAUGGAGGAGCAGUUCAAGACGCUAAUUGUUCUAUCUCACUACUUGGAGACUGGACGAUUCACUCAAUUCUGGGAUGAAGCAUCCAAGAAUCGUCACAUAGUUGAAGCUGUUCCAGGUUUUGAGCAAGCAAUCCAAGACUAUGCAGUUCAUGUUCUUUCCUUGACUUACCAGAGGGUUCCCAGAUCUGUGCUUGCUGAGGCUAUCAACAUCGAAGGCUUAGCCCUGGACAAAUUCCUUGAGCACCACGUAGCUAAUAGCGGUUGGAUUCUUGAGAAAGGUCAAGGCAGGGGUCAGCUCAUUGUCCUACCUCGAAAUGAAUUUAACCAUCCUGAGCUGAAGAAAAACACUGACGAUGGCAUCCCAUUAGAGCACGUGGCUCGCAUCUUCCCCAUUCUUGGUUGAUCAUCGUAUCCGCUGAUCUCUGUGCUUAUGGAGACUCUUGCCAUAUUUUGAGCACAAACUUCAGCAUUCUGAGACCAGCUGCAGCUCUAACUUUUACGAUUACAUGGGUCAGUUGCUUCAUUCCGUCUUCGGUAGCUUAAGCUUUGGUUUAUUCUGUUCGAGACUUUUGAGUUUUAUGUCGAAAACUAGACGGCUGCUUAUCCGCGGGAUUUCUUGACUGUAAUUUUAUUGAAGCUAUCAAUUUUCUUAUUCGAAAA